GCCCCGGAGCUCGCAGGUAGCAAUCCGCCACCUCGACCUCCGGGGCGAGAGAGCCCCGUUCGUAAGUGCGGAUCCGACGUAAGUCGGAUCCGCGUAAGUCGGGGACUGCCUGUACUCUGGGGACAAAACUAAUGGGCUAGCUGAUAGAAAAGCUAAUGUUGCAGAAAAUACAGUACCCAGGCUAACUUUUAAUAUUUAAAAUACUUUAUUCUUGAACUGUCCCUUCCUUUGCUAUCAAGUUCCUCUCCUUGCUGUUUGUGUUUGGCAAAAUCUUGCAAGACAUCUGAUGCACCCACACUGAUCAGUCUUGAUGUGCUUGUGUGCAUUUUUCUGGUUGUAGUUUGUCCUAAUGUGUGUAGAAGGUGAGCAGUAACUGUUGUGUAGUGCAUGAAUCUUUGUGAAAUUCAGAGGAAACCCAAUUUCAGUGAAUGCCAAAAAAAUGCAAGUAAUUAGCCAUUGUUUAAAAUUUCAGUGGUGCUAUUUCUUUUGUGGCCUUCUAGACUUUUCUUGCCCUAAAAUUCCGUUUUACUGAGAAUCCAUAUUCCAUCUGGAGUUUUCUUGACAGGGUUUUUUUCUACUUUAAGCAGUUUCUAAAUAAAGUUCUGUAUUUCAAGAGUGUCAUGUUUGCCUGGAGUCUGUCAUGUUCUUGGGGAUAUGAUUAGACUGAGCAAAAGAUCCUGGUAUCUUCAGUCUGAAGCUAUACAACCUGUAACAUCGGCCUUUCUCCUCAAAUCAUAGCUCUGUUCUUUGCUCAAAUUCCUGCUGCAUUGAUUUUCCUUGGGGCUCCCCUCUAUUCUGUUGGGAGAGACCUGCAUGUGGUGUGUUAGGCUUAAAGUCAGUAGAAAGCAUAGCUACCCUGUAGACUUCCCCUUCCAUGGAUGUCAUGUAGUGGUGCAGUGAAGCAACCACAGUUGAUCAGUUUCUCUGCAUUUGUCUUGUGAAGUCUAAUGCACUGCAUUACUAGAGCACCAAAGUUGAGCCAUGUUUUUGAUCUUUAGAUUGUCACCAGCCUUUCUGAGCAGCCAUCCUCUUGUAAUUUAGUCAUCUUCAUUUGUCCUAAGUUUUGUGUGCCAAGUCUUAAUGUUAGACUUGCACUGACCCAAGAACUAGCUUCUGCAGAAACAAAUGCUAAGCAAAGGAAUGCCUAGCAUGCUAAAAGCUCUGAUAAAUCACCAAAAGUCUUGCCAGUAUUCAUGUUGGUAAACUUUGAAAUGGUCCUUAGAGAUCUUAUCCUAAGAAAUAAUCAUUGCUGGCAACAAAACUAGUACUGCAGUGUGAAAGUGCAUUGGUAAAAUGGGGCUUUGAUGCACAUAAAAUCUCUCAUUACUUAUUUGGUAUGACUACAAAAUCUUACUCUUUCUGAUAACUGUAUAUGUUACUCUUAGACUUUCUGUAUUCUCAAGGUCAGUAGCAAGAUGAGGUUUGUCUGACCUGCCAUGGGAAAUUAGUUUUGUAGGCUUUUCACAUUUUGUGUAGGGUCAGCUGCAUGCUAUGCAUCAUUGUAGCUUUACUUCUGCACUGCAAGAGCAAGGAUGGGUCCAUGUUUAUAAUGACCCUAGAUGAGUUGCACUGUGAUCCAUUUGACCUCUGCUUCUGCAAAAAGCAAACAGAUCUCUUAAGCUGAAGGGGAAGAAAUGAUGGGAGUCAUAGAAAUACUGCUGGUGCUCCUUGACUAUAAAACAGUCAAAUCUGGAAUUGGUCUGCACAACACAAUGCAGAAACUUUGUCAUGCAGGUCAAACUCCUGUGAAAUUCCAGUUUGCUGCAUUUCCUAAUAUACCAAGAAGUGACAAGUCAUAAAUAGAACUGGGGAAAUUCAUAAUUUAUUUACAAGUCUGUAUCAUAGACUUUUUUAGGUAGUUUUUUUUAUAAUUUUCUUGUUGGAAAGGAAAUUACCAGAAUAAACUUAAAACUCAAGUGGCUACUCUGCUGACCUGGUACAGUAUUUGUUGAGUAGAUGUUAAGUGCUUUCUUGACAUCCAACCUUUCUUAGAUUUAACUUUCAGUUUUCUGAAACAAAAUGGAACAACCAAAAGCUUGUAUCUGUCUUUCUGUACCCAAUGUGUCUUACAGGUGUGCACUCAAGAUUUUUUUAACUUAAUUGUUCAAUCUUUUCAAGAUUCCUGGUUUUCAAUGACCGUUCCUUGUGUAACUCUUAAAAGGCUCCAAAUAAAGGCCAAGAAUUUACAUCACUAAUUUGUCUAUUAAUGUUUAAUGUGACCACUGUUGCAUUGAUAAAUGAUGCCUUGUUUUUCUUUUGAUGUUAGCACUCUCACACUUAUAGAAUUUGUCUGAAGUUGACCUAGUACUUGGGGAUCCUCUUAGCCUGGUGAUUUGAACACUUCUGGGAGUUAGAAACUAUUUCUGAUCAUAGCUCUCUCCAACCUCUACUGUGCUUACUAAAAUGGUGCUCCAUCUCCGAGGAUUAGCUGAGAAUUGUUUCCAGUGUGUUCUGACAGCAACUAUAAGCCUUAAGAACCCAAUUUAAAGAGAUAAGGCAUUAGGCGAUACUGUAUGAAUUUGAGAUUAGUAAUGACAAUUAUGCAGCUCUUCCCAUCAUUAGUGUAAACAACUCCUCUACACUUGUGCAAUUAAAAGAAUUUGGCCUGUUAUGGGGGGAACUUACACUCUUGUUGAACUGCUACAGCAGUGAAGGCAUAAUGUGUGACUACUGACAUUUUCUAAUACUGCCCACGCAUGGUCUGCAGUACAUCUACUCAGGCAGAAUGGGGCUCUUAGACUGAUGCCUACCAUGUGGAUUAUGGUGCUGUGAUACGGAGCCGAGGAUGACCGCAACUCAUCUAAUCAUUGAAAGGUAAACUUUGUUUUUGGAAAUGACUUGACUUUCCAGAUCAGCUUCAUUACAUGGUCACAAAAGAUGGCAGCAGUUUGCUUGUAGCUAAGACCAAACUGUAGUCUUAAGUCAGACCUAAAUAAACUGGUGUGGGUUCCAGAGCAGCAUAGCUCUGGUGUGAUGCUUUAAGCUUAGAAUUUCCAGGUGUAAAAUCAUGGAUGAGAUUUUUUCCAUCUUCGCUUUUUCUUACAAGUUGGAUGGUGUAAUGGAUUAAAACAAUUAAUUCUUUGAGCUCAGUCUGUGAAAACGUAAUUUUUCCUUUUGCAGACUAUCGUUAGGUUUUGGUGUAUGAGCAUUUGAAUGGACUUUAUGCCUGAGCUCUUGUCCAGAAAAAUCAUGUGGUGGUAGAGGAUCCCUUAUGGCCUGUGUGCAUUCUUCUGCUUUUCUCCCUUCCCAGAUGAUUGGACUCUUCUCAGGAUAAGGGUAGUGACUAUGUCUUGCUCUCCCUGUGUUAUGGUGGAAGAAUUUUUGGGAGACAGGUAGUCUGGCAGCACUUCUUGCUUGUUAACUUCCAUCCUAAUUUUACAGAAAUGGUUCCCUGUUCCAUUGGUGCUUGGAGGGGCCCAUGACUGGAUUCUGCAGCCACUUGUAUUGGGUGGGGUAGCUUCUGCCAGCUGUGAUGAGCAAAUAGAAGGUUCUCUGCUUCUUUUACUACAGUGGUGUACUCCUAUGAAAAGUCUCUGUGCUGGUUUUGGAUGGGUCUAGUGUGCACUUUGCCCCUGGCAUUCUAGCUUUCUUAUGGGCUUCAUUUCCUUAUUCUUACUGGGGAACCUUGAUGAUCUUACCCUGAGAGGGGAAGGCUUGAUGUUAGGGGUCUUCUGGCGAUGCUACUGUUCAAUUAGGAUCAAUUAGCCCCUUGGUCUCUCAACUGUGCAGUUCUCCUAGUGUGUGUUGAAAGUUUAGGAUACAAACAGUGUCAUAACGAAGAGAGCUGACCAGCACCUGGAGAUUAAGGGGUUAACUAUGUCUCCUGUACCUAGCCAGGUAUUGGGUGGUAUGCCAAUAACAAUACAGGUAGGAGUUUCAAACUGGGACAAAGGAGUCUUUCCCUCCUUUGUCUGAAAAGCAGAGUGAUUUCUUCCAAGACUGAAGGAGAUGGGAGGCCUGUCUCUCUUCAAGAAUAGACUUCUCGCAAUGUGUGGGGAAAACCAGACCUUUUCAACCAUUCUUCUAUAUUUGCUUUUUUGAUUGCUGCUGUACAUUGAUCAGAUGUUUUCAGAGAGUGGUAAGUACUCAUUUUAGAGGCUAUCAUUUUGUAGAUGGUGUUGGGGUUAUUUUCUGUGUGCAGUCUUUGCAUUUAUCAGUACUGAAUUUCAUCUGCUGACUUGCAGUCAGUAGCUGCUCAGGAUAGUAGUUUUGUUUUAUCUGAACUUUUCCAACUUACUGUUUACCUCCUUUCCCAGCUUCUUCAUGAGUAUGUUGAACAGUACGUAUUUGACUGCUGGAGAGAACCUGGACAAAGUCUCUAGGUUUCAUAUUAGACAAGGGAACAGGAUGUUUAAAACUCACUUUGGAGCCCCCCUAUUUCAUUCACAUAGCUGAAUGAAUAGUUGGAAGAACAAAAUCAUUUGAUAAAAAGAUAAGGAUAUUGAAUCUUUAUCUAAAUACUAAGCACUUCCAGUGCACAACACUGCAUUGUCCAAGAAAUGCUUCAACCAAUACCGCUACACAGCUAACUUUAACCUUCCUGACAUUAAGAUGGGGGAGGGGGGAAAGGGGAGGAACUUUUGGUUUAGGGCUGAAGCAGUCACCUUAUUUCUACAUCGUAUAGAAGCAAAAUAUUGGUACAACCCCAUUCUUUCUCUGCAGGCCAUAAUUAAGAGAUCUGGAAGACACUUGCGUUUGUCAGACAGCCUUGUCCUCUUUAAAGGGAUUUUUUUCUCAGCUUAGUAAGCUUGGCUCGCUUUCAAACAGCAGCCUUUUAAAAAUGUGGCUGACCUGUCAGGAAAUGUAGAAAACAGGAACUGUGUGUGGUUGUGUUCUUGCAAAAAAAAAAAAAAAAAAGCAAGGCCCUGGACGAGCGGUGUCCUUUUGCAAAAUAAUUUCAUAAACUGAUUGCCUCUUACUCUUCAGGAUCUGUCUGCAUCUACUGCUGUUCUGAUGGGGAAAUAUAGGUUGGACCUCCCUGGUCCAGCACCCUUGGGACCUGAGCUAUUCCGGACCAGGGAGUUUGUUGGACUGGGGGAGGCCAGUGCUUCCCUGCUGGCUGCCCCGCUCCAGGGCUCCUCUCCUUGGGGCUCCCUGCACCACUACAGCUAGCCCAGCAUGGCUCCCCACUCUGCCAGCCCUGCUGCCACAGGGUGUUCCCUGGAGUUCCUGGCUGGGGCCACCCAGCUGCUGCCGGUCCUGCUGCUGCUGGAGGUUCCCCAGCCAGGGCCACCCAGCCACCCCACCCUGCUGCCACAGGGGAUUUUGUAGUUUCCCUGGCUGGGGCCACCCACCUCUGCCAGCCCUGCUUCAACCGGGGGGGGGAGGGAGGUGUUUCCUGCCGGCGGCCGCCCAAUCACCCUGGCCCUGCUUCCACCGGGCUUGGUUCAGCAACAUCUGUGGUUCUACUGGACUACGGAUGUUGCCAGACCAGAGUCUCCCAGAUUUGGGAGUUUCAAUCUGCACAAGAAAAGGCUCAUCCAGCACACUUUAAAUAAUGUGGGAUGACCUUGACAUAGGUCUCAAUAUAACCUCGACUGAAAUGGAGGGGAUGACUGAAGUGUGAUCCUUCCAAAAAUCUACAUACAAACCUCAUUGCAACUUGGCUUUCUCUGUCGCCUCAUCACUGGGAGGAAAGGGGUGGAUUUAAUGACAGACCAAUGGGCAUUCUGAUUGUGGAUCCAAUGCAGAGAUUGCUCUCCUAACAGAGCUCGAAACAGGUGGGAAAAGGAAGCCAUAAAUCCCUGGUAAUGGCCUCUAUGUUCCUCUUGUGUUCUGCAGAGCCUUUAGAGCCCCUGCCUCAAGUCAUCUGUAGCAUAUGUGGCCGCGUUCUUUAUGGAGCAGUUAUGGACUCUCUCCUCCUCAGCUGCUGAGAGGGGGAAGAGAGAAAUGGGCUGAUCUGGAGCUUUUUGGCAGGGAGACUUCCACCCAAUCUUUCUAAGGAAGAGAACCCUUCCAUGGGUGGCUGGGGAAAGCAGUCUGUCUUCAGUUCUGUGGAUGAUGUCACAAAUCCAAAGGUGACAUCAUAGUGGAGUUUGCAGAUGGCCUGGGGCUGGAAGUCCCCAGUGGACAUGCAGUAGGAACCGGGAGAACAUGUCUACUUCUGAGAAGCUGGGCAGAUUUUUGGUCUCGGAGACUCCCAGGGUCAGUGUUCAUCCCUCUGUGGCCUGGGUGGACAAUGAACCUGAAGAUAAAGGAAGCCUUAAACAGGAUCAAAUGGGGCAAAAGAUCACUGGACUUCUGAACAGAGCUGGCUCGAGUGUCUUCUCUUCCAGGCCAGUACUGAGGUUCUCAGAACACACGGACACCUCCCGUGCACAACAAGUAGAGGAUCAGAUCAACUAUGAGCAUUUGCAGAAACUGGAGCGAUUGUUCCGGGAAGCGGAUUUAGACAAGAGUGGAGGGCUGGAUGCUAAGGAAUUCCGCAAGGCAAUGAAGAAAAUAAUUGACUAUAUUACCGAAGAAGAUAUUGAUAUCAUAUUUAUGAAAAUUGACACGGAUUGUGAUGGCUCCGUGAGCUGGGAAGAGUACCUGAACUAUGUACUGCGAGAGUACAGAGGGAAGGAUGACAUGCUAAGAAGCCAAUCGCCUCUGCUGUUUCAGAUACCCAUGAAAACCAUUCCAGUGGUCCAAGGGCAGGAAAUCAUCAAGGUGCAGUUUUUCCCAAGUCAUGGCCGGGCGAUAGACGGGAGCGAAAGGGCCGAUAAGAGCAGUGGUUGGAAUCUCUCGGGGCGAUUCCUGACAGUCAGCAGGGAUGGCAUCUUGCUCUACUGGAGUGACUCGUUCAAGCUGCUCCGCACCGUCCAGCUUGACCAGUCUGGACGCCGGCCCGGUCAUCAGAUGUGGGUCAUCGACAUGCUGUGUCUGUCUAAUAUCAACCUCUUGGCGAUAGCAUCCACUGACCAGAUGAUUGAAUUCUUUGAUAUCAGUGGCAACAAAUGUGACCGGCUCUUCUCCUUCACUGAGCUGGACAGCUGCGCUACGGCCUUGGAUUACUGGACAGAUGGGUGCAAAGGAGUGUUUUGUGUCGGCGAUAUGAAAGGAAACAUUCUGGUCUUCACCUCGCUGGAUGUUCUAGCCAAUGGGCUCUUCAACGUCUAUCCCUAUAUUGCUAAGCCAGGGGCCUUAGCCAGAAUUCCCGUGCAUCUUCUCCUGAAAGGGAAGGCCAGUCUGUACAGAACUUUCCGGGUGCCUGCUCUGCACGCGGACUGGUGCCAACAGAUAAAAUUCAUCCCUCAGCUCAAUCUGGUUGCCUCCUGCUCAGCCACUGAUAAGAGCGCCAUAGUGCUUACUUCGCUUCCACUACAUAUCAUGGGUAAACCCCAAUCGUCGAUGAUUGUUUUAAGGAAAGGCGUUCUCUGCUUCGACUACUCGCCCGAGAUGAACGUGCUUGUGACCGGGGGAUUGGAUCCGCUGGUUAGAAUAUGGAACCCCUUUGUCACCAACAGUCCCAUCACGCUGAUGAAAGGCCAUGUGACUGCCGUGACUCGCAUAAUAGUGAAUGGGAGGAGAAACACCAUCAUCAGCAUCUCCAAAGACAAAAACAUCCGUGUUUGGGAUUUGCUGGAUCACUUUUGUCUCCAGUCCAUUCCUGGCAAGACUGUGUCGUUAGGAAACUGCCCGAUUGCUGAUGCCUAUUACAGCACGUUGAACAGUAUGCUUAUCUGCACCACCUUCUCCAUCGGUGUUUUCUAUGGCGAGGGCGAAUUCCUGGAAAACAUCAGCUCAGAAUUCACGUCCCAUGAGCAGCCGGUGUGCACGGCCCUGUACAACAAGAACUUCAAGCAGGUGGUGAGCGGUUGCCAUCGCGGGAUGGUGAGGGUCUGGGAUAUCAUGACCGGGCAAAAGAUGAUGCAGUUUGUGACCUCGGAGGGGAAGCACACUGAAAUCACGGCAAUGACUUUUGAUGGGCCCGAGAGACGCCUCAUCACCGCUUUGAAAGACGGGACCAUCAAGUUCUGGAACUUCAACAACGGGGCCUGCCUGCUCGAGGUGCCUCAGCUGGAUAACAUGGAGAUAAGUGCAAUUCUGUAUCUCGAUAUGAAGAUGUAUGUGACGGGCUGGAGUAAAAGAGUUUCAUGGUACCUAGAUAGUAAGGAAGAAGAGGUCAUUGAAUACAAACACUGGAAAUCCUACCACACGGAGGACAUCUUAUCUAUGGCCAAAUACAACAGCAAACUCUUGGCGACCGCCUCCUGCGAUGGCGAUGUCGUGAUCUGGAGUCUAAACUCGGGGAAGGCUCUCUGCAGGGUUAACGCUUCCCAGAGUCCUUUGAGCCUUACGCCAAACAGGGUGUUCACGGAGAGUGAGUUCCCCAGCAGAGGAAAUAUCCCAAGGAAACCAUCAGUAACUGUAAAACUCAGCGACUGCGCUGAGCCUGGGAAAAAGCGCUGGGCAGAUUCGAGGACGAGCUUCUCAGCUCCGCUUUCAGUCUCCGAGAACCCUGCUGGUUCCUUCGAUGGCCACGGGCGAAAUUUGUCUCUUGCUCCGUCCGUUGUGAGGCAGUCCAGAGAGACGCAAGAGGACCCAGCGAGAGGGCAGCAGGCCGGCCAGCCUCCCGGAAGGGAAAAUGCUGACACAGAAAGCGAUUCUCCCCAGGACCAAGAUGCUGCAGAAACCAGCAGCCAAGAGCAAACGCAUCCAAAUUGGCAGAAGGAGCUGAAGAGCCUCCCUGCUGCUGUUGAAAAGAUUCUCUUCCUGGAGACACGGGAGCAGGCUCCUGACACAGCCAUUCUGCUGACCAGCUCUGCAGGUGGCUACAUACACGCCUGGUCGGUCAGUAGGGAAGGGGGCAUGCUGGGCAAAUUUCGGGCAGUGCACGGGGACGAUGUGAAUGCAGUAGUUGGGACCAUGUCCACGGAUCCAGACGACUUCAUCUUGCUGACUGGAGAUUCCCUAGGCUACAUUAAGAUCUGGGAUAUUGAGAAUUACUGCAAAUCAAAAGAGGUAAAAGUUUCCAAGACCAGAAAGACAGAAACAUCUCAUCGAAAUGAGAACAUGUUUCGUGACCUAAUCCCAAAACACUGCAGAGUCCCUGCCGGAAGAACCCCAUCUAUGGAAACUAAUGAGGUCCUGGAUGGCUGGAGUACCAGCCUCACCCCCCCAGAUCUUCUCAACGCCUGGAGGGGGCAUCUGAAGAACGUGUCCCACGUUGUGUACGUGGAAAAGCUCAGGCUGAUCGUGACCUCCAGCUACGACUGCAAUGUCAAACUCUGGAUGCUCUCGGGCAGGCACAUAGGGACGUUUGGGCAGUCGCUGUGGAACGUCAAGCUGCAGCACCUGAGGCCGGCCAAGGUGCCGUCUGAUAUCCGCAGAGUUGGCUCCACCCAGACCCUGAAAGUGCUGAACGAGGGCGAGUUCCCGCAUUGGGAGGGUACUCGAAGCAUUAUGCAAACGCUCAGCCAGCAGAAGAGGCAACACUCCAUGCUGACGGAGUUUGUGCAAGGAAAAUCCAGCAUGAUCUCGGCUGCUAAUCUGAACUUUCAAAGAAUGAUCCAGAAGGAGAAGCACCUCACUGGCUACAUGGAGGAACAGAUUGAGGCGGAGUGGAAGGAGUGGGAAGAGAAGGGGAGGCUGAAGAGUAAGAUCCUGGGCUCCUCCUACAAGCCAAAACUGAGGCGUCACUUAUCUGAUUUCCUCCCGGAUGUGAGGGCCUGUGUUUCCAAUAAAGAGCAGGUCAGUUGCUGGAAGCUACGCCAGGGCGGCAAUAAAAUGGUGGUGGUUCAUCAGGGUUUGCCCUGGGGGGCCCUUGCCACUGUAUUUACCAGAGGCACCAGUGAGCACCGCUCCCGUUGGACAGGAAUGGCUAGUUGCAAUUCCCCCAGACCUGUGGAGGCGCAGAUCAAUAUGGGGGCCGGUAUUUGCCCACCCCUGAGCUACACCCUCAGGGCCUGUCCGAGGGAGAGGUUGUUAGUCCUUGACAAUGGAAAGGCGGUGUCGUGUCAGCCUCUACAAACUUCCAAACAAGAUUCCUUUUGUCUGGUCCAGGCCAGGGUCUAUCACUGUAUCCAGUAUGCCGACCUGCAGGAUGCCACCCCUCCUCCCGUUCUUGAGCUGUUGGGGGAGAUGCAACAAUUUCAAGCAAACUUGAGGCGAAAAUCCAAGUCCGGGAGGAGGUUAUCGACCUUUUCUCAAAAGCAGAGUCUGAGGGCGCAACGCAGUAAAUCGGCUUCACGCACAAACUUUGCUGGAAGAAACGCGUCAGGCCCUUUGAAAUAGAUUGAUCUGCAAUAGGAAAAAAUGAAUGUGUGUGGAGAAAAAGCAACCUCCUACCUCUGUUUUCUUAACAGACUCGAGGCCAUACAAGAUACAUGCAUCACGUAUUGCUUGCACUAGUCAGACACAUUCCGGCCAUCUGGUUUUAUGUGUAUUCAGAACCAUUUUUGGGCCGGUAAUGCCAUGGACAGAAGGCUGGUGCAAAUAAAGCUCACGUUUAUUUUACCUACCAGCUUGGAGUUCAAUGCACGGCAUGCCCGUAGUGAAGGGGGCAUGGGUCUGGAAGGGCUGCCAGGCGGAGUCCUGCCAAUGGUGAAACGCUCCUUGUUGAAGAGAUGUAGGAAAUCAGGAGGGAAUGUUUCAUGGAGCACGCCAGACCCCAAUGCAGCGUGCUGCAGGGAGAAGUUAGGGCGGACAGGUUCUAGAGACUUUCGGUGUCGAUCGCAGGGUUGUUUGGGGUUUGUAGGGAGGGGCUCCUCUCUGGUCUCACUAGCUAAUGUAUAAUCCUGAGGAAAAAGUCGAUUCUGUCAUCCUAUGUUGAAAGUAUUUAACCAGAGCAGGCUGGACAGACGCCUGUCAAGGAUGGUCUAGACUAGUGGUUCCCAAACUUUUCGGCA